AUGCGUUUGGCUGUUUUCAUCCUGCUUGCUUCGAUAGCACUAUCAGAAGGCGUCAAGAAGAAUCUAAAAACCAAUAGUCCGCACGAUACUUCAAUUCCGCAUUCGAACGAACGCACUGCAGCUGUGAAAAAUGGAGGCAAACUGAAAUCAAAACCACUCAAAAGCCUGGAUUUUUUGUCCGAUACGCAAGUUCAAAACGCAGCGCUUAAACAAUAUGGCAUACGCACCAGCUGGGAAGACUGGGAAGAUGUUCAUUUAGAUGUUAAAAAUUGUGAGUUUUUAAGCGAUUUCUUACCAUUUCUUAUAUCGUCAAGUAAACGAUUGAAUCUCUUAUCUGCUGGCAUUUUAAAAGCAAGUGCUGUACAGCCAGACCUAAUGGCAUUAACUGCAAAUUUGACAUCACGAUACCAGAAUCACAAGCAGGUCAUUUCUAUUAGUAAAAACCAGGUAGCCGAUCAAGACGAGAACAUGCCUCGAAAUUAG